AUGGCGGUUCUCGACUACCUGUUUUACGCAGGCAUGCUCCUCCUGGCGCAUGCACUGUAUAUGGCCUACUCUAUCCGUGAGCAGCUGCAGGCGGUACACCACAGUCACGGCCACAUCCCUGCGGCCAGCUUUGGAGGCCACAACGUGUCCACCACGGCGAUGAUGGUGCCCAUCACGUUAGAGGUGCUCGCGGGUACGUUGCUGGGCAUUGCUGGCUUCGCGCACAGUCACAAGAUGCAGGAUGCGCGGCUGUGCGACGUCACCAAGUACCUCCGCUAUGACAAUCAAAUGAACUCCGGCGUAGGCUUCAUUCACUUCAAUCAUCGCGGCACUGUGGCGUGCAAGAGGGAUGAGCUGAAGGACGAAUGCAAGCCACUCGUGCAGAAGAAGAAGGAGUGA